AUGGAUGCAUUGCUGGUCGAUGGACUGCCGACCGGGACAGCCUUCGUGGCCGGCCCGCUCCCCGACACCGUCGCAGCGCGGGGUCGCGCCUUGCGCGGCGCGUUGCGGACGGUGGAAGGAGCGGAAGGACGGGGACAUGGCGGAGUUGCCUUGACGGCUGCAGGUGCUACGAUGCUCUUCACAGUCUCUUCUCGCCGGGCGAGGGCACUGCGUCGUGCUACCAGAGGCGCUGGCACGAUGUCUGACCUGUCCAAGCAGAUGCGACAGCAGCGAAAGCAGUUCGAAGCUUCGAUGGAGAAUGAUGAGGAUCUUGAGUUGAAGUUGAUGAUGCAAGGCCUUCGUGGUUCAGGUUUGAACGACAGCGAUCGGCAGAUCGAGGGCUUAGAGAUGCGCCUGGUGGAUGUGCCAACGGAUCAGGAGUCAGGCUUGCCGUUGUCCUACGACCCGGAGAUCCUGCGAGAGUACUUCGAUGGGCUUCCAGGGCUGCAGUUCCAGAGGAUUCUCCAGAUCAUCAGUACGGGAGCGCCAUUGAUUGGAAGCCUCAUCUGGAAUCGCAUCACCGGCAACACGGGCCCUGACGCGCAAGUGGCGCAAGCGGCCAAGUUCAACGAAAUCGUGACCACCUUGGGUCCCUUCUUCAUCAAGUUGGGCCAGGCCUUGAGCAUCCGCCCGGAUCUGCUGUCGCCGCGGGCAAUGGUGGAGUUGCAGAAGCUCUGUGACAAGGUGCCCUCCUACUCCACGGACAUCGCCAUGGCGACGCUGGAGGACGAGUUCUCCGAGAAGUUCGGACGGCCGGUCAGGAAGGAGGACGUGUUUUCUGAGAUCACCCCAGCACCUGUCGCCGCGGCUUCAUUGGGACAGGUGUACCGCGCUGUGCUGAAGGAACCCGCAGGCGAAGUGGUGGCGGUCAAGGUGCAGCGCCCUGCUGUGCUGGAAACUUGGCACUUGGAACGCAGAGAGACGGUGUCCUUGGACCUGUACCUCAUUCGGAAGCUCGCGAAGUUCACACAAUGGCUGCAAGACGUGGGUUUGCGAGACUCCCGACGCACCGAUUUCGUUGCUUGUCCUGUGGAGCACGUAUCUUUGCUCGAUGAAUUUGCUGCGAGGAUUUACGAAGAGUUGGACUACAACAAGGAAUGCGCCAAUGGUCUGUUGGUGGAGCAGCACAUGGCUCACCUGGAACGAGUCAAGAUCCCCAAGAACUUCGCGGAGUACUGCUGCAGAAAGGUGCACGUUGCGGAGUGGGUCGAAGGUGAGAAGCUGUCACAGUCGCAGGCUGGUGACGUCCGCGAGCUGGUGAACGUGGGUGUGGUGGCCUAUCUCACUCAGUUGCUGGACAAGGGGCUCUUUCAUGCCGACCCGCACCCUGGCAACAUGCUCCGCACCCCCGAUGGGAGGCUGGCUAUCCUGGACUUUGGCUUGAUGACCAGCAUCACUGACGACCAGCGCUACGGCAUGGUGGAAGCCAUCUCCCAUUUGGUGCACCGCGACUACGCCGAGAUCGGCGGAGAUUUCCAGAAGUUGGACUUUAUCCCAGAAGGCGUGGACGUGAAACCCAUCGUGCCGGCGCUGUCGCGCGUCUUCGAUGCGGCGCUGGCAGGCACGCAUGGGACUUAUCAGCGGACAGUGAUUGCUGGGGCCAGAGGCAUCAACUUCAACGAGCUCUCGGCCGAUUUGGCGCAGAUCACGUUUGAGUUCCCCUUCCGCAUUCCGCCUUACUUCGCACUGAUCAUCCGCGCCAUUGGUGUUUUGGAGGGAAUCGCCUUGGUGGGCGACCCCGACUUCGCCAUCAUCGAUGAGGCGUAUCCCUACCUCUCCAAACAGCUUUUGACCAAUCCUUCAGAUCGCUUGAGGACCUCCUUGAGGUACAUGGUCUACGGAAAGGAGGGCGUCUUCGAUGCAGAUCGUCUCAUCGACUUGCUGCGAGCCUUAGAGGCCUUCCGGCUCACGGAGAGAGCGCCAGAUGCAGAUGAAAUUUUGCAAGCCGCGCGAACGGAGGCCAGUGCUGGACUGGUGCAAGACAUGGCGGGAACAGACACCAAAGUCCGUCAGGCACAGAUGUCCACGGAACGCGUGGGCGACCGCCCAACCAGCUGGGCCGCCGCUACGUCUUCCAACGACGGCGGGGCGCGGGAGGCGCUGACGUUUCUGCUGUCGGAGGAUGGGGCGUGGCUGGGCGAAAUCGGUGAAUCUGAUGGAUUGAUGUAG